AUGUUAAACGUUUCAAUAAGUUCUGCUGCUCCUUUACUAAAAGAGAGAGCUGCGCAAACAAAUCAAAAUACUAUUGAUAAUAGCAUUAAAGGUACAUGGGAGGAAGUUGGAAGAACUGGUGUAUCCGCGAUGCAUUGUGUACUAGUUCGUCCCACUAAAAUGUUAAUUAUCGACAAAGCUCAAAAAAAUCCAGAAGCAAUAUAUCCAGAUGAAAGUUAUGCUUAUACAACCGAAUAUGAUCUUGUAACAAAUACUUUUAGGAUAUUGACUUUAAACACAAAUACUUUUUGUUCGGCCGGCUCUUUUCUUGAAAAUGGUACUUUGAUAGAAACUGGUGGUGCUGAAAAUACUGUAUGUAUUGGUAUAUCAAUUAAUCUACAUGAAGAAGGGUUUCAAUCAUUAAGAAUGUACAGACCAUGUGAUGACAAUAAAUGUGAUUGGACUGAAUACCCAAAUUUUAUGAAUUCUCCUAGAUGGUAUAAUACUAUGGUUAGUUUACCUAAUGGAGGAUUACUUAAUUUUGGUGGUUCAAAAAGAGCGACAAAAAUAAAUACGCACGAAUUAGAGAAUCUUUCUUUUGAAACUGUACCAAAAGACGAUACUCCCAUUGAUUAUGAAGUAGACUUUCUUAUUGAAACCUUUCCGUAUAAUUUAUAUCCAACUGUCAUGGUACUGCCUGGUCCUAAAGAACAAACAUGGUUAUUUUUAGCUGCAAACAGCAAAGCUGAAAUAUGGGAUUAUGUUAGUAGAUCAACUGUAAAAAAAUUACCUGACAUACCCGGUGGUCCUCGUUACUAUCCAUUAACCGGUUCAACCGCUUUGCUUCCAUUGUCCUAUGAAGACAAUUAUACAUCUGCCGAAUUUAUAAUUUGUGGUGGUGGUAGUGCCGAUACUCUGGUACCGGAUUCACCGGCCGCAAAUGAUUGUGCAAGAGUUAAUAUCACAGAUCCGAAUCCGGUUUGGAAAUUGGAACCUUUUGGUAACAUGCCAAAUGGUAGAAUAAUGGGUGACACUAUACACCUGCCUGAUGGCACUUUAAUGUUUAUAAAUGGCGCUGGUCAAGGUUAUGCAGGUUGGGAUAAGGGCCCAUUUGACAACAGACUUCACACAGCCAGUCUUCCACAAAAAGCACCCCUAAUAUACGAUCCGAAAGCCGACGAGGCUAACAGAUGGAGAGUGCUAGCCGAAGAUCCAUUAGUACGUGUUUACCAUUCAGUCGCAAGUUUAUUGCCAGAUAGUACUAUUUUUGUUGCCGGAAGCAAUCCAAAUCCUAGUUAUUGUGACACUUGUGAAUAUCCAACAGAGUACCGCGUGGAAAUAUUUACACCACCGUAUUUAUUAACUGGAGCCGAUCAGGCUGAAAUUAAAUCAGUAGCUGGUACAAGUGAUUUGAAUGCCGUCCAUAUUAAAACAAGAGUUUCGUACGGUCAGGUGAUAACUGUGAUAGUUGAGACUGAUGAUGAAGAACCACAAUUUACCGCUUCAAUAAUACACAUGGGCUUCAUUACUCAUUCAACUCAUAUGUCAUCAAGAAUAAUACUAUUAAAGAUUCAGCAAUUAAUACGAAUUGACGGUGGCUUUGCUGUUGAUCUUACUAUGCCACCAAAUUCAAACACAUUACCACCUGGUCGUCAUCAUUAUUUAUACGUGUUAAACAAAGGUAUACCAGCUGUCACGGCAGUUGAAAUAGAUAUUAGAGAAAAUAAUGUUUGA